AUGUAUGUAGUACUACUUAAAUCGGCUGGCGAUCAUGCCGCUAGCAUCAAUGAUGACCCUUAUGUGCAGAUAUUAAAAACGUCCGGUUUCAAUGUAGACCUAUUGGAAACUCUUGAUUUCGUGUACAACACCUCAAGUUUAGCGGAAUACAAGAACUGGCGGGACAAUCACAGUUGCAUUAUUUUUAGUAGCCCACGUGCAGUAAUAUCUUAUCUCAAAGCUGGAUUAACAGGUAAUGGAAAUGACCUCUGUUUUGUUGUUGGCCCAAGCACUGAGUCACAAGCAAAAAAAGCUGGAUUUUCUCCGAAAGGAGCUGAUUCAGGGGAUGCAGAGGAACUCGCAAGUUUUAUUUUGAAACACUUUGCCUCAAAAUUGGAUAAACCUGUAUUUUUCCCAGCAGGGCAAGUACAUCGCGACACAUUACCAAAGGCUUUGGAAAAUGAAGGAAUAAAAGUAAAUACCGUUGUGGCUUAUUCCUCUGUAGAAAAUACUCAACUUCACGAAAAAUUGCGAUUAAAUUUAUGCGAAGGAAAUCCUAUUCCUGAAUGUUUGGUAUUUUUCAGUCCAUCUGGCGUUUCAUUAACUGAAAAUAUAUUAUUAACUGAAAUUAAACCACAUCGGCCAAAUAUUAAAUUAGUUGCUAUGGGACGUGCAACAGCAACAAGAUUAAAAGAAUUAGGUUUAACUGUUUCAGCUAUUGCCUCAUCACCUAAACCGGAAAGUCUAUUAACAGCAUUGAAACAAUUAAAGUGA